AUGGAAAAUAACAUAGGAGCAUCAUGUUGGACCCUCCGCACCCGUCCCGCGCCCACGCGCCCUCGGGCCGACCGCCAGCCGCCACCGGCGCUUGCCGGUCGCGGGUCGCCUCAUCGCCUGCCAGCCGGCCUCAUUCAGCCGGCGACGGUCUCGCGCUUCGCACACGGCUCUCGCGGUGACUCUUCGUCGUCUCGCCGGUGUAGUCGCGCCCCUUACCGCACCACGUCGCCCCCCGCGCCCGCCCGCCGGUCCGCCGCGACCCUUGUCUCGGAACGCUUAACCGACACCGAGCAUUGUUUUGUUGCAGCGGAAUAUGCUACAACAGAUGUCCUCGCCACACAGCGCGCAACUCGGCGAGGUCGCGACUCUCGUGCGCCCACUCGAAGGCCGCCCGUGCGGCGACGCAUCUUC